CUUCUUAUUCCAUUCUUCUUAAUACUUUUACUUAUCAUAUCGCACAAGUAUCUUCUGGCAAGACAUUCGAAGUCUGGCUCAGAUUGAUAUCCUUAUAAGAUUGAUUCUCUUAUCAAUCUUUUUUCGUUGCAAUUCUUGAUUUAAUUGUUCGUCGACAAAAUAAUUUUUCGGCUGCUGUUGAGGGAAACGUUGUUACCUUUUCAUUUUUGUUGGUACAUCCACCAUAAGUAAACAAAUAUGGCGGACCUCGUACAAAACAUCACUUAUGCCUCACCUGUCGCAGACGCAAAGUUGGCUCAAGCCAUUGGAAGUCCUCAACUCAAUAGCUAUCUAGCCAAACUCACCGAAGUUAGCGCAUGGCAGAUUGUCCUUACAAUUCUUUGCCUGAUGGUAGCUUAUGAUCAAUGUAAAAAUCCCCGGCGCCAAGAACUCACUCGCUCACUCGAUCACUCAAUCAAUCCAUUGCAUCACUAACUUCUUUGCAGGCAGUUAUAUUUGGCAAAAAGGUUCAAUUAUCGGUCCAGCAUGGAAAGCCCCCUUUAUCGGUCCAUUUUUACAAUCUGUCAAUCCAAAAUUCCACGAAUAUCAAGCAAAAUGGGCAAGCGGUGAUCUCAGUUGUGUAUCUGUUUUCCACAAGUAAGUUUAUACCAUCAUCCGCUAUUUGAAAUUUCCAGGCUCUGACCAUUCUCAGAUUCGUCGUUAUUGCUUCUACUCGUGAUAUGGCUAGAAAGGUUUUCAAUUCUCCAUCAUACGUUAAGCCAUGUGUAGUCGAUUCAGCGCAUAAAUUGUUGGGUGAGACCAACUGGGUUUUCCUCGAUGGAAAGGCCCACGUCGAUUUCCGAAAGGGUCUCAAUGGAUUGUUUACCCGCAAAGCUCUCGACUGCUACCUCCCAGGACAAGACGACGUUUACAAUCAAUAUCAAGAAAGAUUCGCCAAGGUUACCGAGGAAGCCGGUGGAAAACCCGUGCCAUUCAUGUCCGAAUUCCGUGAAUUACUGUGCGCCGUUUCCUGCCGCACAUUCGUUGGUUUCUACAUCUCAGACGAAGCUAUUAAGAAGAUCGCCGAUGAUUACUACAAUAUUACCGCUGCUUUGGAAUUGGUCAAUUUCCCAAUCAUUCUUCCUUUCACCAAAUCCUGGUACGGAAAAAUCGCUGCCGACAUGGUCCUUGAGGAAUUUUCGAAGUGUGCUGCAAAGAGCAAGGUUCGCAUGGCUGCCGGUGGUGAAGUGUCUUGCAUUAUGGAUGGAUGGAUCAAGUCUCAGCUCGAGUCGGCUGCUUGGCGUGAGGCGGAAGCCAAGGGUCUUUCAACAGAAGGAAUGAUAAAACCAACACCAUUACUUCGUGACUUCACCGACUACGAAGUCGCUCAAACCGUCUUCACCUUCUUGUUUGCUUCUCAAGAUGCUACUAGCAGUGCUGCCACCUGGUUAUUUCAAGUAAUGGCUCAACGUCCUGAAAUUUUAGAUAAGGUCCGCGAGGAAAACUUACGUGUUCGUGGUGGUGAUAAACGAGUUCGACCAAACAUGGAUAUGAUGGAAAGCAUGAAAUAUACUCGUGCCGUGGUUAGAGAAUUGUUGAGAUGGCGCCCUCCUGUUCUUAUGGUUCCAUACGUCGCCAAGAAGGCAUUCCCUAUUACUCCAGACUACACUGUCCCUAAAGGUUGGUCAAGCUAACAUAAAAUUAUGAUACCAUGCUAAUGAGUUAAAUAGGAGCCAUGAUCGUUCCAACAACAUAUCCAGCUUUACGCGACCCUGAUGUCUAUGACCGACCUGAUGAAUUUGAUCCUGAACGUUAUUUCUCUGGUGACGCCGAAGUAAAGGGAGCUAAGAACUACUUGGUUUUUGGAACUGGUGCGCAUUAUUGUUUGGGCCAAGAAUACGCCCAAAUGAACCUUGCUCUUAUGAUUGGAAAGGCUUCAAUGGAACUUGAUUGGGUUCAUCAUCCAACUCCUAAAUCAGAAGAGAUCAAAGUCUUUGCUACCAUCUUCCCUAUGGUUAGUACAUAUUCAAAUGAAAAUGAAUUCUCGGGCAUCACUAACUCGAAUUACAGGAUGAUUGCCCAUUGACCUUCACAAAGAGAUCUUAAAGCUCUUCGAUCUAAUUUUUCAAUCAAUCUUCAAACUACUUUCUCAUCCAUUUUUUAUUAUCGGAACGCCAAUCUCCGCAUACUAGGGGCACAGUUGCGGUAGUAAGGUUAUGAUCAUUUUAAUGCAUUAGACUGGGCGUUCAAAUACUUCUGUCCAAUAAAAUAUAGGGAAUGGGUUUAGGUGUUAUUUAUGAAAUUAGUAAUGAGAGAAAUGGAAAGUCGGGUCUAUGUAAGUUCUUCAAACUUUUUUGAAGAAUGAUACGGGACCUGUCAAAGGAUACCUACUUAAUCAAUUGUAAUUAGUCAUUAUCUUUUGUCUUUAAAAGUAAAAGAGAUGAGAAGCGAAGAUGAGAAAUGAAUUGAAGAUCCAUUUGGAUUACAAUA